AGCAAGCCGCCCAGCACGACCGCCAGCCAUCACCGGCCAGUGAGACGGUACAGCAAAUUUCCCCCGUCGCGCCCGGUCAUUACGACGGCGCCGGCCGAGCAGACGCCGCCGCCACGAUGCCGCCCGCCACCGGCGCCGUCGCCGACACUGCCCCCGCCGCGGGGACCGUGCUCCUCGGCAGGUACGAGCUCGGCGGCCUCCUGGGCCGCGGCGCCUCCGCCAAGGUGUACCUGGCGCGGGACCUGCUCACCGGCCGCUCCGUGGCCAUCAAGUCGUUCCCCAACCCACGCGCCGGCGGCGGCGCCGGCGUUGGCGUCAACGCCGCCAUCGAGCGGGAGGCGUGCAUCCUCCGGCGCCUGCGGCACCGCCACGUGGUGCGGCUCCACGAGAUCCUGGCGACGCGCAAGAAGGUCCACUUCGUGCUGGACCUCGCCGGCGGCGGCGAGCUGUUCUCGCUGGUGGACGCGUCGGGGCGCAUGACGGAGGACCUGGCGCGGCACUACUUCCGGCAGCUGGUGUCCGCCGUGCGCUACUGCCACGCGCGCGGCGUGUACCACCGCGACAUCAAGCCCGAGAACCUGCUGCUGGACGAGGGCGGCGCGCUGAAGGUGGCCGACUUCGGGCUGGGCGCCGUGGGCGGCGGCGGAGGAGGAGGAGGAGGAGAAGGCCUCCGGCACACGAUGUGCGGCACCCCGGCGUACGUGGCCCCCGAGAUCCUGUCGCGCAAGGGGUACGAGCCCGGGAAGGUGGACAUCUGGUCCUGCGGCGUGGUGCUGUUCGUGCUGGCGGCCGGGUACCUCCCCUUCAACGACGCCAGCCUGGUGAACAUGUACCGCAAGAUCUACGCGGGCAGGUUCCGGUGCCCCGGGUGGUUCUCGCCGGCGCUGCGCGACCUGCUGCGGCGCGUGCUGGACCCGGACCCGUCGGCGCGCAUUGACGCGGACGGCAUCGUGGCGCACCCGUGGUUCCGCCACGGCGGCGAGGAGGACCUUGGCGGCCUGGUGCACGGCGGGUACGAGGAGGUAGAGGAGGAGGAGGAGGAGGCCAAGGCGGACGAGGACAGGGAGCCGACCGCGUUCGACAUCCUCAGCUUCUCCCCGGGCUCGGACCUGUCGGCGCUGUUCGUGGGCGCGGGGGGAGGCGGCAAGGAGCGCGUGUUCGUGGGCGAGCCUGCCGCGGCCGUGCUGGGCCGCGUGGAGGCGGCCGCGCGGAAGGGCGGGUACCGCGCGCGGAGGGACGGGAAGAGGGCGACGGUGUACGUGGAGGAGGAGGAGGAGGAGGGCGGCGGCGGCGUCCUGGCAAAAGUGAGCGUGUUUAGGCUCGCGGACGCCGUGUCCGUUGUGGAGGUGGUGAAGGGCGACGGCGCCGACGCCGCGCUGGUCUGGACCGAGCUGCUGGAGCCGGCCGUGAAGCCCCCGGCGCUGAGCUGAUGAGGUGGGGUGGAAGCCGCGUUCUGGUUGCGAUUCUUUUGUUUCUUCUUUUUUGUCGUCGCCUGCUAUAUAUCAUUGGCGAGAUCGUCGUGUGUAAAUUAUUCACUCGCUCCGUGGCUAUAUCCAACAAAGCAAGCAAGGAAGAAGAAGAAGAAUCCUUGCGGUUUCUGAGA